GUAGAGAAACAGCAGUCAGGAGCAACAAUGGCCCAGCUUGUGUCUUCCCUGGGUCUGUUCUGCCAGGUCAAUGCGUUCGCCUGCCUGCUUCUCAGCUACCUGCUCUUCAUCCUGCUGGGUGCCGUGGUGUUCACGGCGGUGGAGGGGCCGCUGGAGAAGCAGCUGCGAGCCGAGAUGGAGGACGUGCGUGGCUCCUUCCUGCGGGAGAACCCGUGCGUGCAGCCGGGCAGGCUGAGCCAGCUGCUGGAGAGAGCUCUCGCCGCUCACCAGAACGACGUAGCCGUUCUAAAGGCCGAGGCUGAGGACACACGCUACGACUUCACAUCAUCACUCUACUUUGUCAUUGUCACUCUGACCACCAUGGGUUCUGACUCUUACACCCCCAAAUCAGACGAAGCCAAGCUCUUCUGCAUCUUCUACUGCGCCCUGGGGAUCCCCCUCACCCUGUUCCUCCUCACCCUCCUGUCCGACCUCCUCCUCCCUGUGGUCACCCACGCUCCUGUCCAUCACCUGCACACCUACUGGGGUUGGUCCUACAGCCAGGCCGCCAUGCUCAAUUCCGCUCUCCUCUCUGUGCUUGUCCUGUCCCUCCUCUUCUUCCUCCCAGCCCUGCUGGUCUGUCUGCUGGAGCCAGACUGGAGCUUCCUGGAUGCUCUUUUCUUCUGCUUCGUCAUCCUGAGCACCGUCGGGCAGGGAGGAAACUCUCUGGGGAGAAACUGGGGCCCAGCAGCCAAGGAGACGCUCCAACUCCUCACCACAUGUUACCUGCUGGUGGGCCUGGUGGUGAUCAUUACCCUUAGGGAUACUGUCCUGCAGGUUCCCCGGGUCUGUGCGGUGAUGAGGCUCUUCUCCGGUCCGCAGUAUGCAGAGCUGGAAUGUGAUCUCAGUGAACUGACGCUGAGUGAAGAAAACUGUGAGGAUGAGCCUGAGUACUCUCAGUCCAUCUGUACCAUUUCCUCCACUCCAUUAGAGCUGAUGUCAGACCGGCCCGCUGUCGCACACACAGGCACAAGCACCUGACAAUCACACAGGACACCAAACGGUCCAAGCCAUCAGCUACUAACUUAAAACUCUUGUUUGAGUCAGAAGUGUUUUUGUUUUUAUUAGCAUGGUAAAAAUGUUAUAUGCAAAUCCUUCGGCAGUGGUCAACACUGGCAAGUUUUGCUCUGCCCAGUUCCCAGUAUGUGGGGGUCAGUGCUGCCCACUUUUGCCGCUAUUUGCCCUCUCCCUCGAACCACUGGCUCAGAAAAUCCGACAUCCGUCAGUGCAUCCCAUCACAUUUUGUAAUACAAAUCAUCGGAUAUCAUUGUAUGCUGAUGAUAUCCUUCUCUACGUGGGCAACACAGGUUUCUCAGUUCCAUAUUUUCUUUCCAAGUUUGAUUCAUUUAGCUUGUUUUCUGGUUACAAAAUUAACUGGACAAAGUCAGCACUGAUGCAUUUAAAUUCUGUUACAUCUCAAACUUCCCUGCCCUCCCACAUACCAAUAGUCAAGAGUUUCAGGCAUCUCGCCGUUGAUAUCUUCCCUUCUUUGCCUUCUAUUGCAGCACAAAACUUUCAAGGUAUAUACAUGCGUAUAGUAUUCACUUCAAGCCCAUAUAUCAAUCAUUAAAAUGGAUGUACUGUACUACCUCGUGUUAACUUUUACACUUCUAUGAUUCCUCUUACUCCUCCUAUUGGCUGCUGGAAAACUUAAUUCAUUAAUAUCUAAAUAUAUAUGGAAAGGGAAGAGGCCUCGUUUAAAACUCCCAACUCUUCAAUGAGGCAUUGUUAUUGCCAACAAUAACACUGAUAAACAUUCCUCAUCACUUUAGUAUGCUUUCCUGUAUGUUUAGUAAGUAAAUGUUAUACCUUUUAGUUGAAAACUGCAUAUCGUGACAAAGUAGGGGCUCGUCCGGGAUCAAACGUUACACAUUAACAUUCAAUAAUUCAAUAAUUUAUUUGGCGUUGUGUUUGUGUCCAUUUGAUGAAUAUAAGUCUAAUAAGUCUAAACAAAUGUCAGUGUCAAAAUAGACCCUCUAAAUAAUAGAUAAA